AUGAUCGUGUCUGAGCAAACAGUGUUACAGAGCAAACCAGUUUUGGGUUUGGUAAUUGGCAUUACUCUAAUCGUAUCCUGCUUGGCUGGCUUCUUCGUACAACUGACCGGCACUGGAUACAUCAAUUCAGUUGUCUUCCCGGUCUUUUUUUGUCUAAUUGGGAUUGGUGUCCUAGUACUGUUCACUUUGGAAAACACAUGGUCAAAGUACUCAAAUGUUGCUUGCGAUCCAGUGGAAAAGCUAUCACUGAUAUUGAGUUGGGAUGCGCCGUGUACCGCCAUUACCGCACUGAUGAUAAUUAUUUCAUUCGCGGUUGUUGGAUCGACGACUAGAAGCCCCUAUCUGCAGUACAUGUCGUUUGUGCUAGCUGCUGGAGUUGCUGUUCUACUUAUUUUUGCCCUUCUUUUCUUCUCCGUAUUUCUAUAUGUUGCCGGUCGUCGUGAAACCAAAGGAGUCAAGUGGUACCAGUGCUUUCGUUCAGGAGACACCCACUUUGCACCUCGGACGGUCAAUGAGUUCAGUGAUUCAAAUAUAGCACUGCUGCACGAGAAGCUUGUGGACACAAAGCCGUCAUUCUCAAGAGCCGCUGCAACCGCUGUAGCUAAUUCAUACCUGCGAUGUCCGGUGGCCUUCAUCUUCGCUAUUUACCUUGUGAUUGCAUUCUGGGGAUGCAAGGACCUCCGGAUCGAUAUUAAAGAGGAAUAUUUCUUGCCAGAAGGAAGCCAGUCACGUGCGUACAUGGAAAGCUACCGUAAAGAAUUUGGGAGGUACGAGGAAUUUUUGGAAUUAAUUUUGGAUGAACCGAUUGAUUAUCUGGACCCACGCCGCAAAGAUGAUAUCCUGUCAUUACUCGAAUGGCCUGUGGUCAGUCUUACCCAUUUGGAUUUUGAAUUUCAAUUCUGGAAUUCGAAUGCUUGA